AUGGCCAACCGCCAAAUCACACGGCGUAUCGCCAUCAGCGCCUCCAUCGCCCUCUUCCUCAUCUUCUUCCUCUUCAUCCGGCCCCACGGCCCGCCGAGUCCCGCGGUCCGCGCCCCAGGACACAUCGACCACUCGGCCGCGCCGGGGAUCACCAUCCACGACGAUACACUGAAGGGGGAGGUGGUGAUGCCCAAGCUGGGCAAUGCGACAGCCAAGUAUGUCAUACAAUCUAAUGGAGAGCACAAGAAAAAGGAAACAAUUACUGAUUGCGUGGUCCCAACCAUCUCUAGAGCUGAACUCGGUCGUGCGACUUGGAAAUACUUCCACACCGUCAUGGCGCGCUUUCCUGAAAAACCAACUGCGGACCAACAGGAUGCAUUGCGCUCGUAUAUUCACUUGUUUGCAAGGCUCUAUCCUUGCGGCGAAUGCGCCGCGCAUUUCCAGCAGCAUCUCGCCAGGUACCCGCCGCAGGUAUCGUCGCGGAACGCCGCGGCCGGCUGGGCGUGCUUUAUCCAUAACGAGAUCAACGCCAUGCUGGACAAGCCCGAGUUCGACUGCACGAACCUGGGCGAUUUCUAUGAUUGCGGGUGUGGGGAUGAAGAGGAGAAGAAGAAGGAGGAGGGCAGUGCUGAUGCUGCAUCGCAACCGGAGAGUAGCGGCAGUCAACAGCAUGAGGGCCUCAGCGUGGAGAUUUCGCGGGAAGCGUAA